AUGACGAGGAGGAAGCAGGCUGCUUUCCCAGGUCCGGCGGGGGUGGCGGCGGCGGCUGGGUGCUUCUCGGUGUACGUGGGCGCCGGACGAGAGCGCUUCGUGGUGCCGGUCGAGCGCGCCAACCACCGGCUCCUACGGCGCCUCCUCGACGACGCCGAGCUCGAGUACGGCUACGCGGCGCAGGGCCCGCUGGCGCUGCCCGGCUGCGACGUCGCCGCGUUCCUCGGCGUCAUGUGGCAGAUGGAGCACGACGACGACGAUGGCAGCGGCGAUGAUGACGUCGGCACGCCAGUGAUGUCACCCACGAUGUGCGGCUUGAUCUCAAGGAGCUGCGGGACCAAUGGUGGCCAGGCUGGCCACGAGGCGGCGGGGUACCGAAUGCUGAGACCGACGUCGACGUCUUUGCUCCGUUGGUGGCUUUGA